AAAUUGACAAAAUUCCAAUCCAAUCAAAUUAUCAAAAGUUCUCAAAACUUUAUUUUGCAAAAUAAAAUUUAAGAAUAUUUUGAAACCGGUGGACGAAUAUCUAAUGUACAAUUCUACAAUACCAAAACGACAACACAUUUGUUGCCUGUUAAUGUCUUACCAUUACUCUAGUAUGAAUUAAUUUUGAUAGUGUAGUGAGGCUGAACCUUUGAACCGCAAUCGCACCAGUGUAUUAUCAUAUUGCGGCACUUAAAUCAAGAUAAUUUAAAGUAACAAUGGAAAACUGUGAUAUUAUCGAAACUGUUAUGGGAAACAUAAAAAUAGUUAAAUACAACAAGCCAAAGCGCAAAAAUGCCAUCGAUAUUCCCAUGUAUUUGAAGAUUACACAGAUUCUGAAUGAAGCAGCUGAUGAUGAUAGCAUAGCUGUAGCGGUGCUCACAGGCAACGGCGACUACUAUAGCAGCGGGAAUGAUCUGAGUGGUAUGUCCAGAGAACACAGCCAUCUUGAUGUCUUGAAAGAGUUUAUAAAAGCAUUCAUAACAUUCCCUAAAUUACUCAUCGCCAUUGUAAAUGGUCCAGCAGUUGGAAUAGCAGCCACCACUUUACCUCUCUGUGAUUUAGUGUUUGCUGCUGAAAAUGCAUUUUUCCUUACCCCAUUCUCUAAACUGGGUAUUGUGGCUGAAGGGUGCUCAACAUUAACAUUCCCCAGAGUAAUGGGAGAUAGGAAGGCAAUUGAAAUGUUGCUGUUGAACCACAAGAUGUCAGCUCAAGAGGCACUGGAAUGUGGAUUUGUGAAUUACUUGUUUAAGCCAGAGGAACUCCAAAGUAAAGUGUGGGACAAGAUUGUGGAAGUCUCAAAACUACCCAAACAUUCCAUUAAAGCCACUAAGAGCCUCAUCAGGAACAACUGCAAGGAUUUGCUGCAAGUUAAUGACAAGGAACUGCAAGCACUACAGAAUGUCUGGGACUCCGGGGAGCAUUUAUCCAGCCUUCAGAACUUCAUGUUAGAAAAGAAUAAGAGCAAAAUUUGAAUCAAGUUUGUAAUAUAUGUUUCAAAAGUAUAGUAUAAUAGUCAGCUACAAAAUACAAAUGUAAUUUAACUGGUGAUGUGUAAAUAUAGGUUAAUAUAGUGUAUUAAAUGAAU